UCCAAAAGCUGACAAUGACCUAGUUCCCCCCUCUCUUGCUGAGCUCUCCAUCUCUCCCAUCAUUCACCAGAGGUAGGCUAGGUGGCAGCAUCACCAUCACCACAUCAGGCACCACACUAGGUCUGCUGCUACCUCUCCUGCACUCACUAUCACACUGGAGAGAGGGAGACAAGCGGGACGAGAGAUAGAGAGAGUGUGCAGGAGAAAAAGAGGGAGGAGGAGAGAAACAGAGGGAGGGUGUGUGUGAGAAAGAGAGACAGUAAGGGAAUCCUAGCUAGGAGGAAGAGAGCAAAAAAGGAAGGGUAAAAGAGAUAAGGGGGCUAAACGAACAACAGGAUGGCAGAGCCGGAGCUGAAACCAUGGAGCAGCCAGGAGAGCUUGAAGACGGGAACCGAGGGCCAGGAGAAGAUGGAGGCUGAGGCGGCUCCGGACAACCCUGACCAGCCUCCGUCGCUAGACAAGCCUCCAUUCAAGCCUGCCUCCCCAUCCACCCCUACCCCUACGGCUGCCGACGCCAUGGAAGCCACCACCCCUACUGCAGAGGCCUCCUCCCCAGCCAAGGCGGCAGGCAGCAAGAUUGAACUGAAGCGCAGCAUCACGCUCUUUAACGGUGUGGGCAUGAUCAUUGGCACCAUCAUCGGCUCGGGCAUCUUCAUCACACCCACCGGGGUGGUUAAGGAGGCGGGCUCGGCCGGUCUUUCGCUAGUGGUGUGGGCCGUGUGUGGCGUGGUGUCCACCAUGGGCGCCCUAUGCUAUGCCGAGCUGGGUACAACCAUUACCAAGUCGGGCGGAGACUACACCUACAUCCUGGAGGUGUACGGUGAGCUUGCCGCCUUCCUCAAGCUGUGGGUGGAGAUGCUGAUCAUCAGGCCAUCCUCCCAGUACGUGGUGUCGCUGGUGUUCGCCACCUACCUGCUCAAACCCCUCUACCCAAACUGCAGUGUGCCCGAUAGCGCCGCCAAGCUCAUCGCUUGUCUCUGCCUCACAUCGUUGACCUUUGUGAACUGCAUCAGCGUGCGAGCUGCCACCAAGGUCCAGGACUUGUUCACUGUGUCCAAGCUCCUGGCCCUGAUCAUCAUCAUCGUCUUCGGCUUCAUUCAGAUCGGAACCGGUGAUGUGCCAUACCUGACACCAGAAUUAGCAUUUGAAGGCAGCAAAUGGGGAGUCGACAACAUUGUGUUGGCUCUAUACAGUGGACUCUUUGCUUUUGGUGGCUGGAAUUACCUGAAUUACGUGACAGAGGAAAUGAUCAAUCCAGAGAGAAACCUGCCCCUGUCCAUCAUUAUCUCCAUGCCCAUUGUGACCGUGGUGUACGUACUGACCAACCUGGCCUACUUCACCACUAUCCCCCCGAGUGUGAUGGUUGAGUCCGAGGCAGUAGCUGUGAUCUUUGGGGAAUACCAUCUUGGUGUGAUGUCCUGGCUCAUCCCUGUCUUCGUGGGSCUGUCCUGCUUCGGAGCUGUCAACGGAAGCCUGUUCACCUCGGCACGGCUGUUUUAUGCUGGCGCUCGAGAGGGUCAGCUCCCUGCUGCACUGGGAUUGGUCCACACUGACCUCUUCACCCCAGUGCCCUCCCUAAUUUUCACAUGUUURCUGUCCAUGCUUUACGCCCUGUCCAAGGACAUCUUCUCYGUCAUCAACCUGUUCAGCUUCUUUACCUGGCUGUGUGUGGGCAUGGCGAUCGCCGGCUUYCUGUGGCUCCGCUGGACCAAGCCAGAGCUCAGGAGGCCCAUCAAGAUUUGGUUGGUGGUCCCUGUGGUGUUUGUGCUGGGCUGUGUCUUCAUGAUCGUGGUGUCCUUCUGGGCAGCUCCCUUCGAYUGCCUGAUAGGCAGUGGGAUCAUCCUCACUGGUAUCCCCGCCUAUCUUCUGGGGUACAAGUGGAAGAAGCCCCACAUUGUAAAGAAGAUCUUAGAGAUCUUUACUCUGUUCUGCCAGAAGAUUUUUAUGUCCGUUCCAGAAGAACGUGAAGAGAAGGAGUCAGCUGAAGUAGCUGAAGAAGUCGAAACAACAAAGGAUGACUGAGUCAAUCUUUUAGUUGGAACAUUACAUGUUUACACUCAUUGUUGCUUUUGUUACAGAGUUCCAUGACUCUUGGUAAAGUAGGGGUUUAUGCGAAUUGCUUCAGUGUACAUAUUUUGUAUUUUACAUGKAUUUUCUUACUGUAUUGUCUCUUUGUACUCUCUCCAGCAAUUCAAUUCCACUUUUCAGUCAUAUAGUUUACUUUCAAACUUUUWCAAAUUUUUCCUAAACUAACCUUUUUUACGUUUCAUAUGUUUUAACCUAUUUUGCACAGUAUUCAAUAGGCCUGAAUUAAGCUAAAAAGGAAAAUGUAUUUCUAUUAACAAGAGUCAUAUGUGUUGGUAUGUUCACUAGACAAUCAUCCAGGCAUCUUCAAUGCGUACAKUACCCUGCUUUGUCUUAAAACGGUCUUCAUCUAACUAAAGAUAAUUACAUAUUUGACUUUUGAAUUAUUUAACUAUUAACCCCCACUUUAACUGACGGUAUGUCUGUAACUCAGUGUAGUUGAAGGAACUAGCUACUGGUUACCUAAGUUGAUUGAGCAAUGGCCAUCAAUCUAUGAUAAACCCAUGAAUUUAUUCAGGUAACUCAUACCACACAUUCUGUAAACUACCUUKAUUUCCCUUUGACAUGAUUGCACUCAUGAUAAAAAUGUACAAUUAAAAUUUUAACAUCUA